AUGAGUUAUGCAAAAAAAGGAAGUUUAAGAAAAUGUUUAUCUAAUAUAAUUAAAUUAAAGUGGCAAGAAAAGUUACAAUUAUUGAAAAAAAUUAUAUUAGGACUUAAAGUAAUUCAUGAAUCAAAUUUAACUCAUGGUGAUUUCCAUGAUGGUAACAUUUUAGUAUCAGAUAAUUACAAUGAAAUAUUUAUUAUUGAUUUAGGAUUAUGUAAACCUAUAAGUGAAAUACAAGAUUCUAAUAAUAAUGAAAUUUAUGGAGUUUUACCUUAUAUGGCACCUGAAAUAUUAAGAAAUAAACCCUAUACCCCAGCAAGUGAUAUUUAUAGUUUUUCAAUGAUAAUGUGGGAAAUUACAUCAGGUAUUCCUCCAUUUAAUUAUGAAGCGCAUGAUCUUGAACUUUGCUUGAGUAUUUGUGAAGGGAAACGUCCUAAAAUUAUGAAAAAUACUCCAAAAUGUUAUAUAGAUUUAAUGAAAAAAUGUUGGGAUUCAAAUUCUUCCAAUAGACCAACUACAAUAAUGCUUGAAAAUAUUAUAUCUGAAUGGAUUAGAUGGAUUAAUGAAUAUUAUAAA